AUGACUCAAGUGGCCAAAGAAGAAUUGAAAAACUUAGACGACGACAUAACUGAAUGUAACGUGAUCUACCUGCCUCAGCUUGGUUACUUGGUGGCCAUUCCAAAAUCUGAUAAAAUGAAAACAGAAGAAGACUUUAAAAUUCCUGGCCUCGAGUUUGUUUUUCUCUCCAAUAAUGUGGUCCAUUAUAAAAGUGCUUAUACCAGAAACCUGGACAGAAUUCUUGGAGACACUCAGUGUGAUAUUACAGAUCAUGAAACGAUCAUUAUGCACCGACUUCAAGACACGGUUCUUGAGCACAGCGCCGUAUUGUCUCAUGUUAUGGAACAUACAGCAGAACUUGAUUGCCUCAUGGCUUUUGCUCAAUCCGCCCGUGAAUUUGGUUAUGUCCAACCAAUUCUUAAUGAAAAUAAUGUAAUUGAGAUAAAAAAUGGCAGGCAUCCACUCCAAGAAAUAGUGUGCAGCCCAUUUGUUCCAAAUGACACUUUCAGUGGUGGUUCCAAUUCUAAAAUCAAGAUUCUUACAAGUCCCAAUGCUUCAGGGAAAAGCGUUUAUUUGAAACAAGUAGCCCUCAUUGUGUAUAUGACAUGCAUUGGCAGCUUCAUUCCAGCUGAGAGCCCCAGCACAAUUUGUACUGUGGAUAGGAUCUUUACCCGGAUCAAAUCCCAAGAGAGUGUGUCUGUUGGCCUUUCCACUUUCAUGUUGGAUAUUAACCAGAUGUCAGAUGCAUUGAGAAAUGCCACAAGCCAGUCACUUGUAAUUGUCGAUGAAUUUGGAAAAGGAACUGAAACAGCUGAUGGCUUGGCCUUGUUUGCUUCUAGCCUCCGAUAUUGGAUAGCAAUGAAUGAGAGAUGCCCUCAUGUUUUUGUCAGCACGCAUUUUCAUUGUAUCAUUCAAUACAAUCUUUUGCCCCAGUCUCAUAUUAUAACAUACCAGACAAUGGAGACAAUGCACAAUGGAGAAGAAUUAGUUUUUCUUUUCCAACUUAUUCCAGGUUUUGCUAAAAGUAGUUUUGCCAAUGAAACAGCCUUGCAGGCAGGUUUACCUCUAGAAAUUGUUAAACGUGGAGUAGAGAUCUCGAAGUUGAUUCAAGAAAAUCAACCAAUUCAUCGAGUGGACACGGCCAGCACUGAACAGCAGCUAAAAAGGUGCCAUUAUUUAGUGAAUCAGUUUCUGGAAGUUAAUCUUGAAAUGGCUGAUUUACUAGCAUUCCUCAAUGAUGUGGUCAAGUCAAGUAGUAAAGGUUGCCCAUGA